UGUAGCGGUCUAGUACAGCAUAUGCAAGUCUAGUGAGAUCACUUGGAUCAGAAGCAGACGAAGUCGUCGGUAACGUUGGUUGCGCAACAACAAAAAUGCCAUUCUACCGAUUUAAUUCGUUAACGGGUAGAUUGAAAUCGUCUACCCAUUUCCAACCGCUGUAUCCUCUUUCACCUGUUCCUUUACAGAAAGCAGAACCAGUCGUAAUUUAUGAUACCCCUAAAACAAAACCACUUACGGUUACAUCUUCAGCCAGUUAUUCUACUGACCUAGAAAAACCACCUACUCUCGACCCAAAGCUUUGGGCUAAAUACAAGCAUUUCCAGUCUGUAAUUGACAAGCCAGUAUAUUUGGCAGGUGGCAAGUCAGACAAGAUACUAUUUGGAUUUACAGUUGCAUACCUCGCUGUUUGUACCGCACAGACAGUUGUAUUUGUUCUGAGAGAUUGCUUAAAUGUAAUCUAAAUAUACACAAGUGAAUAUAUCAUGUAGAUAAUAAAUUUAUAGACUUCUGAUAUAACAGUUCCAAAUUGACAUUAGAAAUGUAAAUGUUGGAAAAUAAUGAGAAAUAAUUACAUAAAUCAGAGGUUCUUA